UCUCCUGGUCACUGUGCACAAUACUGCAGCCACACCACCAUGGAGAAUGACACCAAGGAGAUCAUUCAUGUUGCCACCAUAGACAAGCGGCAAACAUCAUGGAACUCUGUCGUCAUGGAGAAGGAGGGUUUCAUCCAGACUGUGGACAAGCUUACAUCAGAAAUAAAGCUAGUGGAGAUUGGCACAGAUGCUCAUGCCCAGAUUGGUGCCCUUAUGAACCCAGACAAAGGCAAAUACAAGGCCCUUGGAAUUCAUCACAGUCUGGACAUGUUGCAUGGUGCGAAGAACCUAAAAAAAAUAGCAGCAGCAGCAAAGAUAAAAGGACCGUCCAUCCUCUUCAACUGGCUGAAGGACAUAGUCAACCAUUUUCGGUGGUGUUGCAAGACUGCUGACACACGUGGGCAGUUUCUUGCAUUAUGGGUUGGCAUCCUUCACCAUGUCUGCAACAUUCACACCUGGACUAUGGGAAGUUGCAAACACGGGCACCUUGAAUCGGAUCAAAUGCGGGGAAAUAUGUGGAUCCAGAGAGUCUCCCAGUGCCACAAAGCUUUAGUGGAUAUAGUUCUCAAUAAGAGGUGGCAGAAAGAUGUUCACAAAUAUCUGCGAUUCAGAUCGACUGCAGACAUAGAGUCAUUCCAGAAUCAUAUCCUGAUGUAUGCCAGCAAGUGCUAUGCUUUCAGCCCCUCAGUUUAUGAGGCAAGAGUUCUGCUUGCUGCUUUGGACUACAAUUUCCACCGGAACCGACCAACAAUGAAAACGUUGGACGGCAAAGAGAUUUUAGUGGACAGAAAUGUUUCAAAAGUUUCAAAAGAUUGUAUAAGAAGAACGGUAGAAGAUACAGCGGAUAUGCCUUGAAAUCUGAAAAAACCUACAGAUACAUUUCUGAGAUGCAAAGAAGGAUUGUGAAGAACAGACUCACAAGUGGAGUGGGGAUGCCUAGAAGGAGGAGCCUUCUCCCAGAUGACCCCAGACAGCUUGGUUUGGUGCCCCCUGUACCUGUACCAGCCACAUCAGACUUGUUGCAGAGACGUCAGAAGAGGUCUAGGACCGUUAUUCCAACCAGCAUCUGAUGUGGAAGGAUCCCCAUAGGAGAUCACCUUGCAUGUGUCCUGGUACUUGUCAGGCAGGAUCACGAGGGAAAGAACUUCAGUUCACUGACAAAGUCAUAGCUUUUACUCUUCAAAAAGAGAAAUUUAUUAACAUUAAAUUCUGUUCCUACCCUCC